UCUCCGCUCCGCGGCGCCGCCGCGCCACCUCCCGCUUCUCCUCGCCGCCGCCGGCUCCCGCUGCCCGCUCUGCUCCUCGCAGCCUCCGAGGACCCGCAGCCAUGGCCGACAUCAAGACGGGCAUCUUCGCCAAGAACGUCCAGAAGCGACUCAACCGCGCGCAGGAAAAGGUCCUUCAGAAGCUUGGGAAAGCAGAUGAGACAAAAGAUGAACAGUUUGAAGAAUAUGUCCAGAACUUCAAGCGGCAAGAAGCAGAGGGCACCAGACUUCAGCGAGAACUCCGGGGAUACUUAACAGCUAUCAAAGGUAUGCAGGAGGCCUCCAUGAAGCUCACCGAGUCGCUCCAUGAGGUCUACGAGCCCGAUUGGUUUGGGCGGGAAGAUGUGAAAAUGGUCGGCGAGAAAUGUGAUGUAUUAUGGGAAGACUUCCAUCAAAAACUAGUGGAUGGAUCCUUGCUGACACUGGAUACCUACCUGGGCCAAUUUCCUGACAUAAAGAAUCGCAUCGCAAAGCGGAGCAGGAAGCUGGUGGACUAUGACAGUGCCCGCCACCACCUGGAAGCUUUGCAGAGCUCCAAGAGGAAGGACGAGAGUCGCAUCUCGAAGGCUGAAGAGGAGUUUCAGAAAGCACAGAAAGUAUUUGAGGAGUUUAACGUUGACUUACAAGAAGAGUUACCAUCAUUAUGGUCAAGACGAGUUGGAUUUUAUGUUAAUACUUUCAAAAAUGUCUCUAGCCUUGAGGCCAAGUUUCAUAAGGAAAUUGCCCUGCUUUGCCACAAACUCUAUGAAGUGAUGACGAAACUGGGUGAUCAGCAUGCGGACAAGGCGUUCACCAUUCAAGGAGCUCCCAGCGAUUCUGGUCCUCUCCGUAUCGUGAAGACACCAUCCCCACCUGAGGAGCCUUCGCCCAUCCCAAGCCCCAUAGCUAGUCCAAACCACACACUGGCACCUGCGUCUCCUGCACCAGCCCGGCCUAAGUCACCUUCACAGACAAGGAAAGGGCCUCCCGUCCCACCUCUGCCUAAAGUCACCCCGACAAAGGAACUGCAGCAGGAGAACAUCAUCAGUUUCUUUGAGGACAACUUUGUUCCAGAAAUCAGUGUGACAACACCUUCCCAGAAUGAAGUCCCUGAGGCAAAGAAAGAGGAGACUUUGCUGGAUCUGGAUUUUGACCCUUUCAAGCCCGAAGUUGCAUCGGCCGGUUCUGCUGGAGCGACCCACUCGCCCAUGUCUCAGACAUUGCCAUGGGACCUAUGGACGACAAGCACUGAUUUGGUACAGCCGGCUCCUGGUGGUUCGUUUAACGGAUUCACUCAGCCGCAGGACACUUCAUUAUUCACUGUGCAGUCAGACCAGAGUAUGAUCUGUAAUGUGGCUGAAUCCGAACAGGCUCCCCCCACAGAGCUGAAAGCAGAGGAGCCCCCUGCUGCUGUGACACCUGCUGUUGGGCCGGACACCGAGGCCGAGGAGCCAGCGGAGGAGGCAGUGGUUGCACCCGAGACUGAUGCUGAUGGGGCUGUUGGAAUCCAGGUGUCAGCUGCUGAGGGGGCUCCAGAGGAGGAAGCAGUGACAGAGAAGGCAGCUCUCCCUGUCGAUGAAGGAGUAAGUUUAGAGGAGGCCAAAAUCGAAACUGAAACCACAGAGGCUGUGGAUGGUGACAGAGCUCUCCCAGAAGAAAUGGAAGCAGCAGUGCCUCAGGAGAAGGUCAUCCCUUCCGUUGUCAUAGAGCCCGCCUCCAACAAUGAAGGGGAGGGAGAACACGAAAUCCUCAUAGGUGCCCAAGCCAAGGAGGCAACCGAUGAGGCAGCUCCUCCAGGCCCGGCUGGUGAGACCCCUGUCCUGGCUGCAGAGCAGGAGACCCUGGAAGACGCUCAGCCCUCCCACGCUGCAGAUGCUGCUCAGUUAGGAUCAGCCUGCGAUGCCUCGCAGGAGCUGCCUCCAGGCUUUCUCUAUAAGGUGGAAACGCUGCAUGAUUUUGAGGCAGCAAAUUCUGAUGAGCUUACCUUACAGAGGGGUGAUGUGGUGCUGGUGAUCCCAUCAGAUUCCGAAGCUGACCAGGAUGCAGGCUGGCUGGUCGGAGUGAAGGAAUCAGACUGGCUUCAGUACAGAGACCUUGCCACCCACAAAGGCCUCUUUCCAGAGAACUUCACCCGGCGCCUUGAUUAGCGCACAAGUAUUGUCGAAAGAGCUGGGCUGCUGGGUUUUUAACCCUUUGUGAAAACCUGAAGAGUUCACUUCUGCUAUUAUAGUAAUGAUUUACAGACUGAUGCCAGACAAAGCUUGGAGAGACGUAUCAGUGAAGCAUGUGUGCAAAAAAAUAACAAGUAAAAGGAAAGAAGGAGAAAGCUCUCACUUGUCCCCACGCUAUCGAUAACAGGUUUGUUUGUGCUUUGUCCAAGCUGUGGUGACUUGUACUUAAUCCCCUCCCACCAGUUCUGAAUCAGCUUUCUCCAGACCAGACCAGAACCUUAAUUUCUCUGCACCAAGUGUGUGGUAUGAAGUGGCCGCCUGCAGAAGAUGUGAUGAAUUAUCCUGUAGUACGAAAUUAUCUUGUUCCCCACGCGGGUGUGAGCACGUGCUCGCUCUGUCUCCCUUUCAAGUUUACUGUGUUAAAAAAAAAAAAAAGAAAAAGAAACUGCUGCAAAAGUUUUCAACAUUCUUUUCCAACACACCUCUGUAUCUAUAGAUGCACUCAUUGUCACACAAGCUAGUUCCCAUGGCUGCUGGGUCUAUGUGAAUGCAGAAGUCUCCAUAUGCAUAGUUGCAUUCUCUCCUCUCCAUUGUAGCUCCUUGGCCUUUGGGGUGUCAUCCACUCAUGCAUUGCUCUUCUGUCUCGCAUUACAAUUGCAGUUUUGCCUUCAGGUAAAACCAGCCAUCCCAUUGCCAAAACAGUCGACAGUAUUUGUGUUUAUAAAGUGCAUUUUCAGGAUGAGAUGACAAAUAGCAAGUAAAGCUGCUACGGCUUUGGAGAAAGCAGAGCCUGAUGAGGUAGAUGUCCAGCUGCUGGGACUGGAAGUAGCCUAGUUGGGAUGAGCAGCUAAGUAGUCUAAACUUCUGUUUUUCUGAGACUGGCUAGAUGAUGGGGCAUAUAAAUCUACCCCGAAAACAACACUAUUAAAGAAAAAGCUCCGAUAUAUUUCCACCUCUUUAUAUUUAUGCAACUCAUCUUCACAGAUUGUCCUAAAGUAAGAUUGGUAGUGUAUGCUGUAUCAACAAAUCAUCUGUAACACUUAAGUUUUCAGUGUUGUGUCAUUCUGAAUAAACCUUUGGUAAUCUCCAAAAAUUA